CUUGGCAAAUAUUCGCAUACGGAAUGAUUACACAGGCGUACGACUUUCCUGUGACGUACAAGACCUUUUCUCCUUUUUCUACAGUGAUGAGGCUAAGCAAUUCUAGCUAAAAAGAUGGCUGGUGUGUCUGGCUAUGCCCUGCGCGUGGCCCGUCUGAGCGCCCGGAUAUUUGGAGAUGUUGCCCGUCACACAGACUCCAAAUCUAUGAAAGUGGUAGAGUUGUUUAAAGAACCCCCGCUGGCCCAGAGAAAAGAAGUGUAUGACUGGUAUCCCCCACACAAGAUCUACUAUUCAAUGACUCAGAAGCUCAGAUUCAUGGGGCUUUUCAGGGAUGAGCACCAGGAUUUCGAGGAGGAAAUGAGGCGCUUGAGGAAACUGCGGGGUAAAGGAAAACCCAAGAAGGGAGAAGGGAAGAGAGCCGCAAAGAAGAAGUAGACCAGCACAUUUCAUCUACUAUUUAUGAAAGGACUUGAAUGGAGAAUCUGAUGAAGAAGCUCUGUACAUGAGUUGUUCCUGUAGGCAGGACAUGUUUAUGACUGUGGUGAUAAGUUCUAUUAGCAGAGAUGAUGGUGAAACAAAAACACCUUUGGUGUCUGUGAUGGAAAUUAAAUAUUCAUUUUGCAUCUUCUUUUAGCAAUACCUUGACAUGGUUUGGCAGGGUUCUCACUAUGGUUUUCUGAAGAGUUUUGCCAGUUUACAAUGUUGGGACAUCCUCAGAAUACCUCACCAACACCACACCAGAUUUGUUUCCCUUAGAAUACACUGAAAGAGCCCAUAAACCCUAUAGGCCAAAGCCUGAGCUACAUUCAAGAAAUAAUAAUUCAUAUUGUUAUAUUUUUGGAAACAAAUCAAUAACUAUAUAUUGUAAUGGACCCAUAAUGGAAAUAAGUCAGUCAGGAUACGUCAUGUUAGAAAUUAUGCAUUUGUGUAGCAACAAUUUUGAUUGUAGGAGACAUGCUAUGCAGUAAACCUGCCCAUAUCCUGUCAUUUCUUUUCUCUUAUAUGAUAAAAAGGCAUUUUAAAUCUGUUCCAAUGAUAGGUGUAACAGGGUCAUCCAUUUCCUGUGCACCAGACUGGGUUCCUGUCCCAUGGUCUAUUUUGCAGAAUUGUCUAACUUAUUUAAUGGGAUGCACUGCUGGUUAUAUAUGCUAUAUAUAAUUUUGUAUGUGACGAA